AUGUCCAGCGGAGGCCUUUUGAAGCCGGAGAAGGAUUUCUCCAAGGAUGCGGACAAGCUGAUCCCGGAGGCAGAGCAGUUGGCAAAGACCGAUGUUCAAGGCGCCAUCGAUAAGCUCCUGGUUUUGGAGAAGCAAGCAAGACAGGCUUCCGAUCUUGCAACCACAUCACGAAUCCUCACCACUAUCGUUACCCUCAGCAAGAACUCCGGCGAUUGGAACCUCCUCAACGACCAGGUGCUCCUUCUUUCCAAGAAACAUGGACAACUUAAGCAGGCGACGACGAGGAUGGUCCAGAAGGUGAUGGGAUUCUUGGAUGACACACCCAACACCGAUGUGAAGUUGUCCGUGAUCGAGACCUUGCGGACCGUAACCGAAGGCAAGAUCUUCGUUGAAGUCGAGAGAGCUCGCGUCACGCGUAUUUUGUCGAACAUCAAGAAAUCCCAGGGCGACCUCAAUGCCGCCGCCGAUAUCCUUUGCGAGCUGCAGGUAGAAACCUUUGGAUCCAUGACGAGACGUGAGAAGACGGAAUUCAUUCUCGAGCAAGUGGGUCUCUGCAUAGAGCGUGGCGACUGGACACAGGCUGCGAUUUUGAGUCGCAAGAUCAGCAAGCGGUACUUUGCACGCAAGCCGAAGAAGUCACCUGAGGAGAUCGCGAAGCUGAAGAAGGAGGCGGAGGAGCGAGAAAAGACCCGUGCGCCCGAUGAGGCCCCUAUGGAGGUCGAUGAUGAUGUUACGGAUCUGAAGCUCCGAUACUACGAACAGCAGAUCAUUCUCGCCAACCACGACUACAAGUAUCUGGAUGUCUGCAAAAACUAUCGCGAAGUCUUGGACACAGACUCGGUGCAGAACAACCAAGAGCAACUGCGAGCGGUGCUCGCCCGGAUCGUCUACUACAUCGUUCUAUCUCCAUACGACAAUGAGCAAUCCGACUUGCUGCACCGCAUCCAGCAAGAUUCAAGACUCUCUCUGGUUCCCACCGAAGCUCGCUUGGUGAAGCUCUUCACCGUUCCUGAGCUGAUGCGCUGGCCCAUGGUUGCCGAGCAGUUUGGCCCCCAUCUCUGCAACACCGACGUGUUUGACUCCCAGCCCAGCCAGUCCGCCGAGGAUCAGGCACAUAAGAGGUGGCAGGAUCUCCGCAAGCGGGUCAUUGAGCACAAUGUUCGUGUAGUGGCCAAGUACUACACUCGUAUUCAGAUGGGACGUCUGACGGAACUGCUGGAUCUGACCGAGGAGGAGACGGAGAAGUACAUCAGUGAACUGGUCACCUCGAAAACUAUUUAUGCGAAGAUCGACCGUCCUGCCCGGCUGGUCAACUUCGCCAAGCCCCGUGACGCAGACGAUGUAUUGAAUGAAUGGAGCAGCGACAUGAAGAGCCUUCUGGGACUUUUGGAGCGCAUCGACCAUCUGAUUACCAAGGAAGAGAUGAUGGCCAGAAUCCUUCCGUCCCGAGGCGAGAAGGCCAAGGCUCGCUGA